GUUUUUCUCUCUUCACCAUUCGCUUCUCUUUCGCCCUCUUUGUGGGUUUUUUUGCAACUUAUACUUAUUUGUUUUUACCGUUCUUGAUUUAAUAGCAGCUGGUCUGCAUUACUUCAGUACACCUUCAAUUCGGUUUUUGGAUAUAGAAGCUCGCUGGACGACUUUUAUUCCUCCUUUUCAAAUUAUUUUCUGGUCACUUUAUCAUUAUAAAAAUCAAAUAAAAAAAUGACUACAGGUGUCUCGGGUGAUUUCGACAUGUUGCAAGACGAAUCUCGCCACUACUCCUCUCAGCCUCUAAGGGUCAACAAGGAGCAGUACCUUAGUCCAAUUCAGGAUGCGAUAUCUCCGGACAUGCUAUACAACAGCUCGCCUGAUCUAUCAUUGUCUGGUAGUGAGUCUGAGCAGUACUAUAGCACACCGGAGGAUACCGCUGCGUUUUAUUCGAUAACGAAGAUGUGGAAUCAGCAGAAUGAGCAGCUCAUGGCUACGCUGCGGGCGCCCCAGUUUCCAACAAAUAAUCGACCGUUACCAAAGUUCGAAUAUGACGCAUGCAAUCCUUCCAUUUUCUUGAGUCCUCCAGCGUCGGAAUCGAUGAUCCAUAACGAUACCGUCGGAACCCGAUACGACAUAUUCUCAAGACUGCCUCUGCCUUCAGACUCUUCAAGCUUUGCUGGCUCAAGCGGUCUAUCGUCGGAUGUUUCGUCUAUGGGGUACUCUGACUACGAGCCGGACUACCUGGGCCGACCGGACUAUGGAUAUCGAGCACCAGUGCCGGAUAGCUCUUCGUCGCCUUCUCAUUCUUCGUCCCAGGUACCUUUCAUGACUUCGAUGAUCAACGGACAUACGUCUGCAACUCAUGAUAAUCAAAUGCCUGUCUUCGCCUCAGAGAGUGAGUAUGAAGCUGAUUAUGCUUCAGAUGCCUUCUCACCUACUCUCUCGGCCGAGGAUACAAGUGAUUUUUCAUCGCCAGAGCUGUACCAGGGAAGACGAUUCCCUGAACCGGUUUCCGUUAAGAAAUGCAUUCCUACUUGGCAGCCUAUCCUAACCGCCGACCCCUUCACUCGUCAGACUCUCUUUAUCAAUGCAGACGACUCUGAUGGUUCUGAGCGGGAGCGUGGGCCUGGAAAUAGGCUAGAUGUGUACAUUACCGGCCCUAAUACGGACGGCAAGUACACAUGUAACUACAACGGAUGCGGAAAGUUGUUUGGGAAAAGAUACAACAUCCGAACCCACAUUCAAACGCAUUUGUCGGACAAGCCUCAUUCUUGCUCACAGUGCGGUGCACGAUUCGUCCGCCAGCACGAUUUAAGACGACACGCAAAGAUUCAUACAGACGCAAAGCAGUAUGUAUGUCAAUGCGGGAAGGGAUUCACACGCCGAGAUGCUCUGACACGGCAUCGAUUGCGCCAGAUUUGCGUUGGUGGAACUGAUCACGUCGAUCAUAUCGACCAUCGCGACGGCCUGCAAUGAUGUGGUUAUUGAAGUCACGAGUGAACGUUCUUGCGUUGGUUUUUCUUUGUCUUUUUUGGUCAUGUCUUUUUCGUUUCUGCUUAAUGAGUGAUAAUGUUGGUGUCCGCUUAAUCUGCUUUGAUUGCUUUUGGGUUCGGAGGCUUUUGAAAUUUUUAAAACUUUUUUUUUUUUUUUUGGGAAAUAUGAAAUCAGCGGUUUUUCAGGUUUCUUUAACGUUGGUUUUGUAGUUAUCUGGUUCAUUGGAUGGUUUCUUUUGUAUGGUCUAUUGUUUUGUAUAUCGAGCUUCGCAAAGAGUCUGGUGAGGUGUAUGUGGGGGAGAAAGUACGCGACAGCACUCUUUGCUUCUAGGUAGAAUUUAUUGUACAACUGACCGUCAAUCGAUUGUCUUUAGAGAUCUCAACACGGGUUGUCUCUCGUCUUGACCUUUCGUUUGAAUAAUGGGGAAAAAUAUAUUGAAUC